AAACGGUCGUCUGCUGAGCAGACGACAGUCGAGAGAGACGUGCCGCGCUGUGAAGGUGAAACCGCUGGCUCUCAGUGCGAAGCUGACAGAGAGAUUUUAUUCCUUAAUAUCUUCUUGACAAACCCAGCGCCACCAUUCUUCCCACGAAAAGGCAGACCGUUCUGAAGCAGUCCCUGUUGUUAGGCUACAGAAUGAUCGUGACUGCGAACGGGACAGCGGAAAUCCAGAAUGGAACACCAGAGACCAAAGCGCCGAUAGACACUACUUCAUCGUUGGUUCAGCUCAUGAAAAGAUGCAAUUCAUUUUUCAUUAAUGGACUUGUGAGCAUUCAGGGUGACUGUCGACCUUUGAUUGCAUGUGGAAGGCAAGUGGGUGUCAUAAGACCUGAUGUUGCAUGCUGCCUCUUGGACUACCCACAAGUGUUUACUCCUACAAUCGAUGCAUUCAUUAUCAACCCUCAGCUGGAUUCUUAUGCAGCAAGAUCAAAUGCCAUAGAACUUGUCCUCCGUGACUUGAGAGCCAAAAAUGCUCUUUACUCGUUGAGUGGUUGGCGGGAGGAGUGCUUCAACGUUUGGGCUGAUUUUGGCACAGAGCCACUCUUCAAGAUAGAAAGAUCUGCUGCCACUGUACUUGGGAUCCGAGCAUACGGAGUCCAUGUUAAUGGUUACACAAGAUCACCAGAUGGCAGCAUGAUUGUCUGGUUGCAGAAGAGAGCAAUAGAUAAGCCAACUUAUCCUGGUAUGAUGGACACAAUGGUGGGUGGUGGACUGACAGCAGGACUUCUUCCUUCACAAGUUCUGUUUAAGGAAGCCUUUGAAGAAGCCUCCAUUCCUGAACACUUAGUCAGGACAGCCAAAGCAGCCGGCACUGUGUCAUUUUUUGUUGAGACAGAGCGUGGCCUACAUGCCAACACAGAAUUUGUUUAUGACUUGGAACUUCCUUCUGAUUUUGUACCUUCUAAUAAUGACGGUGAAGUUGAAGGUUUUGAAGCCAUCCCAGUAGAGGAGCUUCUGGACCGAGUAACAUCAUCGAAAUACAAGCUCACCUCCGUACCUGUUGCUAUGGAUUUCCUCAUUCGGCAUGGAUUCAUUACUUCUGACAAUGAGAACCAAUUACCAGUUCUAAUGGAACUGCUUCAUGUACCUCUUAACCAGUUAUACAUUCACUGGCCCCACACCAUUACUCCAACCUCUUCUCCGACUCCUCCUCUCAGUGAUGUUUAAAGACUUGAAAAAUAGACAAUGCCAAUGUGACACAUCACAAAACUCAUCUAGGUUUCAGUUCAAAGGAGCCUAAGCUUGCUCUGAACCUCUUCAGAGGUGAAAUUUGAUCGAGGCUAGGCUAACUGUUUAUCAGUGAUAUGGGAUGAGGUUCGAACAACUUUGGUUUGCCUCGAGUGACAAUUCUGAGGUAAGUUCAGCAAAGCCUGGACUUGUUUUGGAUCAACUCACACACCCAUUACACUGGUAUUAUGGGAGGGUUCACAGAACAAACUUCCAAACUCACAGUGUACCACUUGUAUAAUAUGUUGGUUGUAAAGAAAAAUGACUAAGGUAAAAUUAAUUGAUGAAUAAGAAGGAAAAGUAUUCAAAAGUCUAUAUCAACACAAUUGAUUUUUUAACCAAUUUUUGAGGUUAUGUAAAUAUUUUAUAAGUGAUUCUUACACAACAAUAUACAAUGAGAACAAAGUCAUUCCAAAACAGGUUUCUUCUCAGUAAUAAUUUAUUUUAUGGAAUGCUGGUAACAAAUAAAUCUCAAUACAAUGUAAAAGUAGGAACUGUAACAAGACAGCCAUUUCUAUAACAUUUACUUCUGUAUGUCUGCUUACUGUUAAUCUCUCAAUACUUGAGUACUACCUGAAACAUGCGUCGUUUUUAUCUGAUCAUGGUUUUUUGGUUAAACUAACUGCGACUGCAGGACCACAGAUAUUUUAAUGUUAUUAGUUUGGUACAUUUGGAAUUUGCUUCUGACAGGUGUGGGUGAAAAUGUAUAGAAAGAUAUUGCCGCCAACUUUUUUGCUGAAACAUUGGAUGGGAUGAUUCAAAGUUAAGACUUCAGAAUUUAAAUAUACAAAGUUUUUUAUAUGAAAUAAAUGAGUUAGGUUAGAAUAGAAUUACUGUACCAUAGUUAUAUAGAGUAGUAAAAGACUUAUUUUAUAUACAAAUAAUUUCAUAUCAUUCAUGCUUCAAAAGUUCUCCUUGAAAAAUACAAAUCAUGUCCCAAUCAUAUUCCAUUGUUAUUAAAAAAAAAAAAAAAAAGCUAAACUCACGCACAGUUUUCUUACAAUUGCAAUUCACUCUCAUCUCAAUGAACUGUCUUCAAGGUUGACUGCCAUGAGUAGCCAUGUCAUGGCAAGGUAAAUGUACAGAUUCUAUGAGACUUGUUACAACCUCUAUAAUUACUAUAAAUAUUUAUUCAUUAUGCAUGAUGAUGAUGUGAAUUAGUUUGUGAUGCUGAUGUAACAAUGUGAAACAUUAGUGCCUAGUCACAGGAAAUGAUUAUCUCAUCAGACGUCAUGUCAAUGGUGUUGCUGUUGUCUUCUCCAGCCAUUGUGCUUUAAGUGAAUCUGAAUGUGAUUUUGCUAUAAGUAAUAUGAUAAUGUUAUCCAUACAAUAUAUAUAACCUAUACUAUUAAACUUUGUGAUGAUGAAUUCUUUACCUACACAUAAGUUGAACAGUUCAGUAAGUAGCAAGUCUUUUCUAGGUGAAAGAAAGAAUUAGCCGAAGUAAAUCUUUAGUAAAAGUGAGUGAGUGUUAACACGAAGGCAAAACACUAAGUACUUUUAAAUUACUGUAUACUUUAAUCUUCUUACCUGAACUGUACAAUUUAGUUUGUUUGUAGAUGUCUCAGCCAUUAAUCAUAUCAUAAUCAUUCAUUAGUUGUCAUAAUCAAUCAUUAAUCACUCAUUACAAUCAUACUUGUAUUUCAUUCAUGUGUCAUAUAUGCUUUGAAAAAGCAAACUGACCAUUUUGCGCUUAUUUCAUUGUGAUUAAGAAAAGAGAUAUUGUUUUGUACAGGUUAUGUAGAAGAGAUAUUUUAAUAAAUAUUGAAAAUGA